AAGUAAAGUAAAAACUUUUAAAAUAUAUAGUAGUAAAUGAAAUUUGUAAAAGAUAUUGUUGCUGAUAUAUGAAGUACGGUUUUAUAGAAUGUACAGUAGCUUCUAUCAGUUUUUCUUUUCCGUUUCUUGCUAUUUUUUAAUGCAAAAUCAUGUGUAUGUUUUUGGAAAUUUAGAUAAUGAAUUCAAGUUUGUUACAUGUGGUAGUGCCGUAAAACUUCUCAAUCCAUACCACAAUGUAAGAUUACAUUCACACGAAGUCAAGUAUGGUUCAGGCUCUGGACAACAGUCAGUUACAGGUGUUGGUGCACAAGAUGAUAUUAACAGCUUGUGGAUAGCAAAGGGUAAAACAGGAACACCUUGCAAACGAGGAAACCCUAUAAAAUGCGGUAGCACUAUUCGCCUGGUUCAUCAGAGUACUCAACGGUACUUACACAGUCAUCUAUUUCAAUCACCACUUUCAAGCAACCAAGAAGUCAGUGCAUUUGGUGAGCAUGGUGUAGGGGAUGAUGGUGAUCAUUGGUCUGUCAUUUGUUCUACCAAAUAUUGGAACAGGAGUGAUAAAGUGCGCUUCAAACAUACACUUACAAAGAAAUAUUUACAUAUCUCAGGUGCAACCUUUGGCCGACCGAUCAGUGGACAAAGUGAAGUGAGUGCUUAUUCCUAUACCGAACCUGGUAAUGAAUGGAAAGCCAUGGAAGGUAUCUACAUACAUGAUAGCUCAGAGAAAUGAAGAACUAACAAAACAAGAGCAAUGCCAUUCAAAUAAAAGAACAGCUAAAGGAACUUUUAUUGCUUAUAAGAAUUAGAUUUGAAUCACAAAUUCCAAGGUGAAAUUCAAUUUACAUCGGUAGAAAGCAACCUACAUAAAUUUUCCAUGUAUGCAUAUUUGUGUAAGUAGUUUUUUGAAAGUCUCAUUGUAUAAAACACAAGCACUGUUAUUUACUUAACAUAAGCAUUUUACAUAGAGGAAAAACUCUACUUUUACAUUCUUUGUUUCCAUGUUUCCUUGAGAUAAAUUUUUUCGCCAAAUCUCGAUGUGAUAGUAAUACCACCAGCUUCAACUAAUCUUGUAUUUUACUAGUAGAAAAAUCAAAUUCAUUUAUAUAACAUGUGUAUAAUCUUGGGAAA